AUGACCCAGGCUUGGGAGCCAUUUGGGAGCUCCACCGAGUUUCUCGAGGAGUCGGCCACCGAUCGACUGGGCCCGCGGGGUGCCCAGCUCAGCAGUUCUCCACCCCCUUUCGACCCGAAACCUUUCCACCAGUGCAUUAACAGCCACUUGUCGUCCAACGACACACCUACCGGCUUCACCCUCCCUUCCGACCCGUCUUUCUCCUCCAUUCUUAACUCCACCGCCAUGGACACCAAGUGCCUUGCCCCCAACAUCCCCAAGCCCGCCCUCAUCAUCACCCCUUACUCCGAGGCCGAGGCCCAGUGGGUCGUCGCCUGCGCCUUCCAAAACCAUGUCCGCAUCCGUGUCCGCAACGGGGGCCACGACUACGAGUGCCUCUCCUACGCCUCCUUCAUGGGCCUCCCCUUCGUCGUCCUCGACCUCCAGAAUCUCCGGAAUAUCACCGUCGACGUGGUCUCGAAAACCGCGGUGGUCCAGGCGGGGGCCACCGUCGGCGAGCUCUACUACGCGGCGGCCAAUGCCAGCGGCGGGACGCUCGGCUUUCCCGCCGGCCUCUGCACCACCGUUGGAGUUGCCGGGAACUUCCUCGGCGGUGGCUAUGGGAUGAUGAUGCGGACGUACGGCCUGGCGGCCGACAACGUGGUCGACGCCCUGCUCGUCACGGCCGACGGCCGGCUCCUCGACCGCGCGUCGAUGGGCGAGGACCUCUUCUGGGCCAUCCGCGGCGGGGCGGGGGGGAGCUUCGGGGUCGUGCUCGAGUGGAAGGUACGACUCGUCAAGGUACCCAAAAAGGUCACUGUGUUCAACGUCGUCAAGACGCUCGACCAGCCAAACGGGAUUGACGUGCUGUACAAGUGGCAGAACGUGGGCCCGGUUGUCAACAAGAAGCUCUUCAUGAGGGUCCUGAUAGAGCCGUACAAUUCGACGGUGAUGACGAUCUACAGCUCGAUGUUCCUCGGGAGUAAGGCCGAAGCAGUCCGACUGAUGAAGAAUAAAUUCCCCCAACUGGGGUUGACCGACAAGGACUUCUUGGAGACGAGCUGGAUCGAGUCCGUGAUGCUAAUUGGUGGAUACAAUUCGAGCAUGACGCCCGAUUACCUGCUCAAGAGGAUUAGCGUGUGGAAGCCCAGUUUCAAAGCGAAGUCGGAUAUGGUGCAAACCGCCAUCCCGAGAGCAGGGCUGAGGAAGCUGUGCGAAGCCGUGAAGCAGCAGAGCAACGGGUCGCUGGUGGUGAUGACGCCUUACGGGGGAAAAAUAUGGGAGAUUGCGGAGGACGCGACUCCUUUUCCGCACCGCAACAACACGCUGUUCAUGGUGCAGUACGUGGGGCAGUGGGCAACGGAAGACAAGAGCCCCGAGACGCAGGCCCAGAAUGAAAAGUGGGUGAGGGGGGUGUAUGAGAUGAUGACCCCUUACGUGUCGAGUAAUCCGAGACGGGCGUACGUGAACUACAGGGAUCUCGAUCUGGGGAAGGAUGAGAAGAACUGCCCCAACUGCAGCUGCCCGAGCAUAUGGGGACACAAGUAUUUCAAGAACAACUUCAUGAGGCUCGUGGCUGCGAAAACGAAGGCCGAUCCCUUUGAUUUCUUCCUUCAUGAACAGAGCAUCCCCACUUAUUCGACGCUCAACACCUGCAUUCCCUUGGUGUCUUGA